AACCUCGCCCACACACGAGGCGGAGGGACACGUCCACUUUCACAGAGAGGUUUCGUCGUCGAAAUGCUCUCGUGGGAGUUUUUCCAAAUAAGUUUUGUGUGUCGACAACUUUGUCUACUCCUACAUAAAUAAACGAGCUGUCCGGUGAAGACGGCAAUGGCUGCAGAAAGCGAGCGUGAUAAUUCAUUCCAACAAAUUCUGCAUCAGAUCGGUGGAAAAAGUAGCAUUCAUUUAAUCAGCGCUGUGAGAGGACCCGAUGGAGACACUAACGUAUUACAAGACUUCAUCGCGGACAUGUUUAAUAACGGGGAGCGCGAGGAAACCAGCAACAGCAACGGCGAAAUCAAAAUCCAAACAAACGUGUGCAGCCAUAACCAAUCGCACACCGAACAGAAUUCAUCCGAUCUCUGCAAGAGCGAGAAACCAGAUCCACUCGAGAACAGAACCGUGAGCUCGAGCCGAUUCAGCGGCGGAAAACACAGAGCCAUUCAGUGCGCCGUGAUCAUAUUCAUCUUCAAACACGAUUAUGUGUGUCAUAAAGAGAAUCGCGUGUCUUUGAGGGAGAUUCUGAAGGACGUGAGAGCUCGGAUCAAGAGGAACGCGCUCCGUCCUGCUCUGCUGGGACUCGUUCACACUGACUCUGAUCAAUCACUGAGUCGCGAUUCAGUGGAGUUCCUGGAUCGAUCCCUGCGAGCGGUGUUCAUUAACCACCCCCCGCAGGCCAUAUGGACCGGACGUUACGUCACAAAGUCCCCGGAUGUGCUACAGGAGAUCAAGUUGAACACCUGCAGGGCUGUGAAGAGCUCGAUUUCCACAGAUAGCACCAUUGGCGGUAAAAGCAGUUUGUUUUGGCCACUGAAAUGUUUCCCGGGACUCUUCAGAAAGACACACAGAGGACAAGCUGACCUAAACACCAAUAGUUGGCAGCAAGCCAAUACGAAUGUGACUGAGGAAGGAAUCCCACUGCAGACGCGGCCCACAGCAGACUGACGCCAUGCCGGCUUUGCCAAUAGACCAAUGAAGAUGAAGAACAAGCCUCAAUCUGUGUGCAUGUGUGCUACACAGGUCAUAUACUCUUGCACUAUGACUAACCAGUCAGGAAGAUUCGGAGAAGUGAGAAAUGAAGGCAACGAAAGGCUGCUAGAGCAUUAUACAUGAUGCCUUUUUUUUUGCUAUCUCAGAAGGAUAUAUCACUACUAUCACAGUAACAUACAGAGUUUAUUAGUAUUAAAUAAUCUAAUGUGACCAUUCCUGAACACUGUGACUGACUACUGUAUCAGCUGUUGUUUUUAAAUAAAAGAAACAUGUUGUUA